UACAAAGCCAUUCACUCACCAUGCCUAUCGCUCUCGGCCUGGAGGGCUCCGCCAACAAGCUUGGAGUGGGAGUGAUACUGCAUCCAAACUCCUCCACCCUGUCUUCUCCGCCAUCGCCUCACGACAGCGCGCAUUCGGACGAUGGCCUGAGAAAACAGGUCGAUUCUCAGCCUGUGCAGAUCCUCUCGAACCUAAGACAUACCUUCAACUCUCCUCCUGGUACAGGCUUCCUGCCCAAGGACACAGCAGCUCAUCAUCGACGAUGGGUGGUCAGGCUGGUCAAGCAGGCUAUCAAGCAGGCCGGCGUGCAGAUUGAGGACAUUGACUGUAUAUGCUUUACCCAAGGACCUGGCAUGGGUGCUCCUCUGUCAAGCGUUGCUAUCGCUGCCAGAAUGCUAAGCCAGCUCUGGGGCAAGCCUCUGGUUGGUGUCAACCACUGUGUAGGUCAUGUUGAGAUGGGCCGCGCGAUUACGGGCGCUCAGAAUCCUGUGGUGUUGUACGUGUCGGGUGGCAAUACCCAGGUUAUCGCAUACUCUGCGCAAAGGUACAGGAUCUUCGGGGAAGCACUUGACAUCGCUGUUGGCAACUGUCUAGACCGAUUCGCGCGAGUGCUCGAGAUUCCAAACGAUCCGGCUCCAGGUUACAAUAUUGAGCAGCUGGCGAAGAAGGGCAAGGUCUUGCUGGAGCUCCCGUAUGCAGUGAAGGGCAUGGAUGUGAGCUUCAGUGGUAUACUUGCCAAGGUAGAGGAGAUGGCACACCGAUUGGGGAAAGACUGGAAGGACGAAGAGAGUGGAGAGCUGAUCACACGAGAGGAUCUGUGCUUCACGCUGCAAGAGACUGUCUUUGCCAUGCUGGUCGAGAUCACAGAAAGAGCGAUGGCGCACGUUGGCAGCGCACAAGUCCUCAUUGUUGGUGGCGUGGGCUGCAACAUUCGUCUGCAAGAGAUGAUGGGAAUCAUGGCAAGUGAGCGCGGAGGCAGUGUCUUUGCCACUGAUGAGCGCUUCUGCAUUGACAACGGCAUCAUGAUCGCUCACGCCGGUCUGCUGGCCUAUGAGAUGGGCUUCCGGACGAAGUUGGAGGAGACCAUGUGCACGCAGCGCUUCAGAACUGACGAGGUCCUGAUCAAUUGGCGUGAUUGAAAUAAUCCUGGCUCGCGAAGUGAUAUUCGAUGAUUUCCGUCACUUCGCAUCCCAACGGUUCCGCACGGACACAUGCAAUCUUGCAACGGCGAAACUGCCUCACUCCAGUAAAGUAAAGCCUCAACACCCAGCUGUUCACAGGUCAACUCUUGUCAAGAGGGCUUCCACCCUCAUCCGCCUUGGUGCUCCAGACAUCGCACAAGUAUCUUGCUACGACACACCACAAGUGCAGGCAUGGUCGCUCAGCAAGAUCCCACCAGCAUGCCCGUCGGCUUCUCGUUGCCGUUCAACAUGGUGCAGACGGCCAGUCCUACCAACGCUCGCAAGCCUUUCAUCGAGCGGUCGCAGACAACGCCGCAUUGAACAAGCAUAUGCAAAGUCCAGGUUCUCUCCCAUCGAGCAGCAUCGCCAUGAGCAGCUUGACAACACCUUCACCAUGGAGAACCUGAUCAACGACGGCAUGUGCAGCA